UGUGUGUUGAAUUAGUGCGCUUAAGUGUUCUGUGUAUAACGUUAUGUCUUCCUCUGAGGCUGAAGUCGAUAUAAGUGUGGUGUCCAGUCCGGAGCCGAGUCCGCUGGGUGCCGCCGGCAUGAGCAAUGGACGCGACAGUCCAGCGGCGCGCUCCAUCGACGGCAACUCUUCAGCGCCUGGCACGCCCACGCGUCGCUCUACGCCCAACACAGCAGCCGGCACGCCUACGUCAGUGGCUGCUGCCGCCGCCGCCGCUGUGGCUGCCACGCAUUAUCACCACAGUCCCAAUGGCGCUGUGCCGCCCGCCGUGUUGCAUCAUCACUUGCAGCAUCAUCUCAGCUCGCUAAGCGGCCAUCCCGUUGCGCUGCAUCAUGCGCUGCACAGCUUUGGUCACUUGCAUCCGCCGCCACAUCCCGCGCUGCUGCAACAUGCUGUGGCACCUGCUCAUCUGGGCGAUCGCUUGAGUUCGCCGCCCGCCUUAGGCGCCGUCGCGCCCAAGUCACCCGAACUGGAGCGCAAUGGGGGCAACGUCAGCGCCAGCGAGGACAACUGCCUGAACAACAACAACAGCAAGACGCUGAAUCACAACGGCACCUGUGCUGCUGCUGCUGCGGCAGCUGCUGCCAACUUGGGCGCCAACAGCAACGACAGCAAUGCCAGCAGCAAUGGCAACAAGGCCAGCACUGGCUCCAAUGGUUUCACCAGCUUCUCCAUCUCCAGCAUUCUGAGUCGCAACGAGCCGGCGAAAAAGAAUGGCGCCAAUGCUUUACUAACGCCCAUGCCGCAGCAACUGCCACAGCCCGGUGCCUGUGCGCCAGGACCCCAGGAUGCGGCAAUGCUCUCAAGAUUGGGCUUCAUCUCGCAGUGGGGCGCUCUGGCGGGACGCUAUGCAGCGCUUUGUCCACCUGGCUGGCCCUGGGCACCGCAGCGAAUGCCAUUCCACAGUCCGACGCAUGACAGUUCCUCCACAAACACCACGGAAAAUCCGCCAUCGCCCACAUCGCUAAGUCCCAGCAACAACAACAACAACAAUAACAACAACCAAAGCACUGCCAAUGCCAACAGCAAUGCGGGCAAUGGCCAGCAAAGUAAAUCGCCACCACCCAUUGGGUCGCUGCACCACAGCACACCACAUCAGCAGGCAGCGUUAUACCAGCAGCAACAGCAUCCACAACAUGCACAGCAUCCACAUCAGCCCAGCACGCCCACGAGCAGCGCUCAUCAUGCACAUCAUUUAACUGGCGCCGGCUCCUACAUGCUGCCGACCAGCUCCAAUGAAUCAGACGAUGAGGGCGAUGAAAUCAUUGAGGAGGACGACGGCACCGACGGCCCCUCGGACAGCAGCUCGCCGCAUGGCGACGGCAGCAACUCCAAGCGCAAAAAGAAAACACGCACAGUUUUCUCUCGCGCCCAAGUUUUCCAGCUGGAGUCGACGUUCGAUCUGAAGCGCUAUCUCAGCAGCUCGGAGCGCGCCGGUCUGGCCGCCUCGCUGCGUUUGACUGAGACGCAAGUGAAGAUCUGGUUCCAGAAUCGCCGCAACAAAUGGAAGCGCCAGCUGGCCGCCGAGCUGGAGGCAGCCAACAUGGCCAACAUGGCGCAUGCUGCGCAGCGUCUGGUGCGUGUGCCCGUGCUCUAUCAUGAUGGCACUACGGCGGGCUUUGUGCCACCGCCGCCACCGCAUCAUCAUCCCAUGCAGUACUAUGCGGCAGCCGCCGCACGCAACACCAGCCCACCACGCCCGCCGCUGUCGUCGCUGGUAUAGAACGUGGGUUGCUU